AUGAAGUCUAGGGAGGAAAGGGAUAAUAUCUUGUUUUCAGGGCCUCACUUGUUUUUUGGUAAAGCUAUGAUAGUUAAACAACGGAGUGCCAGUUUUAACUUUCAUGAGGAAGUGCUAAAGGUAAUCCCUAUUUGGGUAAAGAUGCCUAAUCUCCCUUUGAACUGCUGGGGAGAAGACUCUUUGAGCAGAAUAGGUAGUGUUCUCGGAGUCCCACUUUAUGCGGAUGAAUGCACCAGUCAAAAUUUGAGAAUCUCUUAUGCUAGACUGUUGAUUGAGAUGGAUGUUACUCAGGAAAUACCUAAAGUGGUGGCAGUUGAAGAUCAUAAUGGCAUUGUUUUCAAACAAAAACUUGAGUAUGAUUGGGUCCCUACAUUCUGUAAAAAAUGUCAGGUAGUGGGUCAUACUUGUGGAGGAAAAAACGUUGUUGAUAGCAGAGUUGUGCAAAAGUGGAUACCUAAGAAGGUCUUGCCUGCUGAGAAAGUAGAUGAUCAGCUUCCCCCCACAAUGGUAGCAGCUGUAGAACAAGUAGGGGAGGAAAUGGUGCCAGCUCAGACAGUGGAGGUUACUGAGGUAACAGAAGAGCCUAUAGUUACUCCUCUUAACACCCGUGUUAACAAUCCUGUUGCAGAUGAAGGAGAAUGGAGACUGGUUACAAGAAAGACAAAAGAUAAAGGUAAACAGGUGUAUACUCAGAGUGGUAUGCAGCUGCAUUUUGGGUCAGGUUUACCUGGGAGCUGUCCUGGGGGUGCUAGGGGACCUAAUCCCUAUUUGUCUUAA